AUGUCGACCGCCAACGGCGCCCUCACGCCGCCCCCGGCGCCGCAGGACGCAGAACCCGCCAACGCCUCCCCGUCCGCAGCGAAACGCAAGCGCUCGACCAGCCAAGCAAACGCGCUCGCCGACCGCGACCAACCCGCGCAAAAGCCCCAGCCCGCGCGCAGCGACGCCCGCACCCUCAAGGCCCUGCUUGAGGACGUCCUUGAAAUUCUCAAGAGCUACGACACCAACCCGUCCAUCCUCGACCAGCCUGUCCGCAGCAAUGGAGACCGCGCAGUAUCCGGCGAGCCUACAACGAAGCGCACCAAGCUCGCACAGCUCCCGGCCGCAGCCUCGUCCAUCACCGCAAAAAUCCAGUCCGACGCAUACGCGUCCCUCGACGAACUCGUCGCCGAUGUCGAAUCUGUCUGCUCCCAGCUUCUCGCCUCGGUCAACGCGCAGCAUGCAUCUACCGAAGCCGACACCAAACUCCUGACUGGCACUCUGGCAUUGAAGAAGGUCUUGAAGAACAUUGUCAUCCGGGAAACACAGCGCAAGGCCGCUGUAGCCGCUGAGGUGGCUGAAGAGACUGACGGCGCUGAAGACGAAGAAAAGGCGGAGACCAAUGGUGUUAUCAAGAAGGAGCCCGUGGACGAUGCGGUCGAUAGUUUCGCGGGCAGCAGAGCAGUCCUAACCCUGUUCGCGUCGGCGCAGGGCAACAAGCAACUCUUCUCCAGUUUGCAGAAGCCGGUCAGAGUUGAGGGCAAGAAGACAACGGGCGAAACGAGCGAGCUCGAGAGUGCCGUCGAUGUUACCCUUCCGUUGGACGAGAGCGGCCUUCCCAGCAUGAUCUCGUCCACCAAGAUCAUCCCCGUCCACACCGAAGAUGCUAUUGGCGGGAAAAGCAAAGGUCCAACGUUUGGAGAGGUCUUUGGUCCUCCGCCGAAAUUCAGAGAUCUGAAGCCACCGGUCCCUGCGACUCAAAGUGCGACCAAAGGAAACACGAUUACGUGGGGCCAGCAGGAUUUAGCUUUGCGAAGCGGACGUCGCGGCUCGUCCUACUCCAGUCAAAAACUCACCACAGGAGAUUGGCUUGGCUACAGCGGCAUAGAUGUUGAGAAGGAGCCAUCAUCACCUUCUGCGAAGAGGAAACAAAGGGACCGAGCACUCAGCACCGGCGAGGUCAACCCUCCCCUCCCGGAUGAAGAGCAGGCCAAGUUGGAUAAGGCAAGAGCAGAUGCCCUGUUCCGGAGCGUAUACUCCAGUUUCGCACCCACCCAUGAUGAUGGCGUGGCGGUCAUCCCGGAGGAAACAAAGAACCGUGUGUGGUGGCAGAAGGUUGGUGAGAAGAGAUUCAACGAAAUCUUCGCUCUUGACCCGGCACUGCUGGAUGCGCAGCCUGGCGAGGCUGUGGAGGAUAUGUCUACCGACGAAAAUACAAACGAGGAGGAGACUUUCAAGACAGCUGCCGAGCAGUUCAUUCCCGAGGAACUCAAUGUUCCGGAGAGUUCGGAGAACAACAAAGAGGAUCAGGAGAUUGAUGAGCUCCUGCAAGAGAUUUCCGAACUCUUGGAGACCCUCCACUCGUACCAGAGAAUCAGACAAAGCACACUGGCGCCUCCAACAAGAACUCCUGCAGGUCAAGACACUUCCGUCCAACCGUCGACGCCUUCGUCGGAUGAGAUGGACGUCUACAACUUGUUGAAGACGCAGCUUUCGUUGAUGAUUUCUCAAUUACCACCGUACGCUGUGGCAAAGCUGAAUGGAGAUCAGUUGGAAGACUUGAACAUCAGUAAGAAGCUUGUCAUUGAGACCAAGGACUAUCGCGGUGUUAUGGAGGAGGAUCAGGUUUCCAAGCUCGCAAAAUCGGCUGCUAUCGGUGCUACCGUCGGCGCCUCGGCUGUUCGCCCACCAGGAUACCCACCAGCGAGCCAGUAUGCUCGCACCCCGGCCGCUCCUCCGUAUGCAUCCAGGACUGUUGGUGGUCCGCCAUCUUACUAUCCACAACAGCAAGCACCCAACCGGACGCCAUCGGUGCCGCGUUACGGGCCUCAAGGCUACCAAACCCCUGGCGCAUAUGCAUCCACUGCCCAGCGCCCCCCGUAUGGCGGACCUGCGUACGGGCAACCUCCCAGGCAGCCAUCCUACGGUGCAGCUGCGUCAACGUACGGACAGACGCCUUCUUCUUACUACGGACGAGGACCACCCGCUGCAUACGGUAUGGCACCCUCGUAUUACCAGGGCACACCGCAAGGCGCGGCACAAAGUCGCUACAUGCAGCCCGGCUCAGCCUACCCGCCACGGACGCAAGGAGCCGCGCCAAUGUACAACUAUACAGCAACCGGUAGCCCGCAUGUUCGCACGGCAUCACCGUUGAAACAGGGCCAGCCCGGUGCUGCACAAACGCCGUAUCCCCCGCAACGUCCUCCGUCAGGAAAUCCUUACGGAACCCCUGGACAACAGCCUCAACGUCCUUCAUACUACCCCCAAACACCGUAUGGCAGUAGUGCCCAGGCCACACAAGCGCUCACUCCGUCAGCAAGUGCCAGCUACCACGCGAGUAUCCAAGCACACGCCCGAGCAAUUUCAGGCGUGGGCGCAGCGCAAGCAAAUAUGGGGAGAGGAUCCAGCGGUACACCUCAGCCCCCUGGCAGCUCUGGUUCCAGCAGCCAGCCCCCGGGUCAAGGCAGCACCACGGCAGUAGCGUCGUAA